ACCCCGCCCUCGGCGCGCACUGAGCCACCAGAGCCCUGCUGGUGCUGCAGCGCCGCCGACACUGGCCUCGGGGGCGGGGGCCGCGGGAGGGCGAGACCCCGAGCAAACUUUCUAGCGGCCUCGGCUGCGGGGGUGGCUGCGGCAGCGGGCUCCGUCCGCUAGCAAAUCCUCCGCGGGGAGCUAGUGCCUUCGGCUGGAAGCAGCUGUUGUCCUCUGCUCCAUACUGCUCUUUGCAGAAGGAUUGGCUGUGAGACUCGGACUGUUGACUGCUGCGAGGACCAGUGUGGGAUUCCCUGGGCAACACCUGCACACAGUAGGUGGAAUAGUGAAAUCUUUUGGGAGAGGAAAUUUGGCCCGUUGCCCUGAGAGCAGUGCGUGUACAGCGGCGGGCUGCAGGGGAGGCAUGGUCGUCCGGCGGCUACUCUCUACGUUUCGUACCAGGAAGCAGAGCCAGUUGAAGAGUCCAUGUUGAUCUUGGAAAUAGAAGGAUUAAAAAACGUUCCUACAAAGAACUUUACCAUCUCUCUUUUGAUCUGAAGACUGGGGGACAAUGGAUAUUAUAGAGACAGCAAAACUUGAAGAACAUAUGGAAAACCAAACCAAUGAUCCGGCAAACACUUACACAAGACCUGCUGAACCCGCUGAAGAAGAAGAAAAAAAUGGCAAUGGUAAACCUAAGAGCUUAUCCAAUGGGUUGCGAAAGGGCACCAAAAAGUACCCGGACUAUAUCCAGAUUGCUAUGCCCACUGAAUCGAGGAACAAAUUUCCCCUAGAAUGGUGGAAAACGGGCAUCGCUUUUGUGUACGCUCUUUUCAACCUUGUCUUGACAACCGUCAUGAUCACAGUUGUACACGAGAGGGUCCCUCCCAAGGAGCUCAGCCCUCCACUCCCAGACAAGUUUUUUGAUUACAUUGAUCGGGUGACAUGGGCAUUUUCUGUAUCAGAAAUAAAUGGGAUUAUAUUAGUUGGAUUAUGGAUCACCCAGUGGCUCUUUCUGAGAUACAAGUCAAUAGUGGGGCGCAGAUUCUUUUUUAUCAUUGGGACUUUAUACCUGUAUCGCUGUAUCACAAUGUACGUCACGACUCUGCCUGUGCCCGGAAUGCACUUCCAAUGUGCUCCGAAGCUCAACGGAGACUCUCGGGCGAAAGUGCAGCGGAUCCUGAGGUUGAUUUCCGGUGGAGGAUUGUCCAUAACUGGAUCGCAUAUCUUGUGCGGAGACUUUCUCUUCAGCGGUCACACGGUUGUGCUGACACUUACUUAUUUGUUCAUCAAAGAAUAUUCGCCUCGUCACUUCUGGUGGUAUCAUUUAAUCUGCUGGCUGCUGAGCGCUGCUGGGAUCAUCUGCAUUCUUGUAGCACAUGAACACUAUACUGUCGAUGUGAUCAUUGCUUAUUACAUCACAACACGGCUGUUUUGGUGGUACCAUUCAAUGGCCAAUGAAAAGAACUUGAAGGUCUCUUCACAGACUAACUUCUUGUCUCGUGCAUGGUGGUUCCCCAUCUUUUAUUUUUUUGAGAAAAAUGUACAAGGCUCAAUUCCUUGCUGCUUCUCCUGGCCACUCUCCUGGCCUCCUGGCUGCUUUAAAUCAUCGUGCAAAAAGUACUCCCGGGUUCAGAAGACAGGCGAAGACAAUGAGAAAUCUACCUGAGCCGCAAAACAAAGGCAGCAGCUCUUAUACCAAACGAGGUAUCGCUGUCACCAAAGGUGUAUUUUUGUUUUUUUAUUUUAGGAGAACUGACUGGUAAAUGAACAAGUGGACCAAAUUUUGUGUAAAUGAUUAGAAAGAUGAACAAAGUGUUACCCUUUGACUUUUUGUUUUGUUUUGUUUUUUUAUUCAUCCUGAGAAAGUUAUAUUCUCCUGCGGCUCUCCAUUCAAUGGUGACAAGCCCUCCACCUGGGAUUUUACCAGCGAGCUUGUCAAAGAGGUGCCAAAGAACACAUUACACCUUUCCUUAGCCUUUCUCCACUAAAGAAUUUUUUCAGGAUUUUUUUCCCCUCCAAGGUCAGAAGAAUUUGUUAAUGUUUUAAAUAAACUCUCUGGACAGAUAUAGCUACUGUGUAAAUAGAAUAACCUAAUGUUGAGAGUGAGUUUUUGCAUUAGGCCUAUUAGUGAGGGGGAGACACAAGGGUUGUGAGUGAACUUCGGGUGCACUUAACUUCUCUCCUUUUGUGGGGAAGGGUAAGGUUAGGCCUGGGAAUAUGUACUGCUGCUACCACCCAGUGUACUAUGGAUCACUUUUACUUUAUUUUUUAAACUGAUAAUUUUAUUUAAAAUUGAAAGAUAUGUGAUCUAAGUAAAUAUGGAAGUAUUUGAAUAACCCCACAGGUUUUACUUGUUUGUAAAUAUUUAAUUUUAAGAUCUCUGUGACAGACACACAGGAAAUGCAGGGCUGGUUCUGCUCACAGCAGCCCUGGUUUGCACACCUGCCUGCUGUCUGCCUGGUAAAUCUGCGCCUGGUACCCCCAGGCAGCCGGCUGCACACACAGGCUGAACCCACGUGGGCGAGCUGAUGCUCCUGUUGCAGGAGGAACGAGCCGGCGUUCUCUCCCAGGUCUUGCCCUGUGUGAGAUCUGUUUUAGAGCUGCUUAUCGAAACUCAGAAAUAUAAUUGGUCGCACUUCACUGAAAACCAUUUCUUUCUAGUUAUACUCUGUUUUAUGGGAAAAACCAAGAUGGAGUCCACAAGUUUAAUGCAAUCUUGCCUUUUUGCAAGAGGCCCAGCUUCUUAUCAACUGAGUGUUUAUAGGAAGGACUAUGGACACAUACCACAAUUGAGUCAUUUUACUUUGACCCUGAAAUUAUACCACAUUGCUGCACUAUAAGCUAUUGUUGGUAAGCUGUUAUCGGAAUCAGGAUGUUAGACAGUUAAAGCUAUUCAAUAAAGGGGGCUCAUCAUUUCUAAAGUUCUUUCAGGUGAUGCAAAAAAAGAAAAAGAUAGACUUGAUCAGAUUUAAUGCUGUCAGAGUUAGUACAGAGUUUAGUGCUGUUGGGUCUUGUGGAUAAUUCUUACUUAAUUUCUUAAGACUUCUAGUAACCUUACAAAAAGAUUUAAGAUUACAAAAUCAUCAACCCAGAGAAGCAGAGAAGCCAACUGGGGUACAUAGAGGAAGUUACAUUUAUAUUGAAGGUAAAAAUUUCCCUCCACUUAGAAAGGAAAAAAAAAAAUCUAAAUUUGUUAUUAUGAACUAAUUAGCCUUGAUUUGAUAUACAAAAUUGACCUUUAAAUUGCUCAAGAGAAGCACAAUACAAACAUAAAUGUGUUCAGAAAGGUCAUCAUCCUUUGGUGCUAAAAUUCUGUGUGUUUUCAGUAUAGCUCUUGCUCUGUGUAAUAGAGGGGUCACUAAAGGAAAGGUGGUUGAAUUCAAAGACAGUUUAUUUUAAAAAAAGAAGUGAAACCCUGAACUUUCUUGGCUGGUUUUGAAAUGCAAGGAAUUUGUCCAGUAUUUAUUAUUAAACCAAUAAGGAAUAUAUCUAUACCUUACCUGAUGUGUUUAAUUUUUUCCUUAUUUUCACUUAUUACAUAUUGACAGUUGUGCUAAAACAAGGUGUUCUGCUUGAAAACACUGGUUUUAAAUUUCUGCUAUCCGAUUGUGAAAACAUCUGACACUGCAGCCUGGGUUUUGCUCUCUUAACACUGGGAUAUUGAGCCUCUGAUUUCCAUAAGACCACUUGGUAUGCCUUAGAUAUACCUGAGAGCCUUAUUCCCCUACAACUUAGAUAACCCUCUUUUCUUCAUAUGAGGAAAUGGAUUUCAGCUUUUAAAAUCAUGGUGCAUGGAUCGUUGGAAACCCUUGAAACAGUAAACCUUGCAUGUUAGUCAAGUCAUCUAGUGUUUUUUGUUUUUUGUUUUUAAAUAAUUCCAUCACCUGUUAAAGAACUUUAGGAAACAUGUCUGACCCCACAUGUGGACAGACACGCUGCUGCCCUCUUCCGUGCAGUGUCUGGCAUAGCUCACUAGUAGAGGCUGUGGGAGCAUGCGGUGUCCAAAGAAGGGUGAGUGGGAGAUACCGGAGUUUCAAGAUGGGAAAACAUAAGAGAAAUAGUGAAUCUCAUUUACAUUUAGGAGAGCAAGCUUGAGGUUUAACCCAACAUGCCACUUUGGAAUAUAAAACAUAAACAAUUACUAGACUUACUGUGGAGAUCGUUUUGCGGUAUAGAGAAAUAGCGAAUCAUUAUGUUGGACUCCUGAAACUAAUAU